AUGGCGGACGGUCACAUCAAACUGUUUACAGCACCCGGAGAUGUAUGGCAGCAGAUAAGAGAGCACGAGAUAGAGGAGGAGGACCCUGAAUACUGGAGGUCACAGGCCAGGGAGAACUUACAGUGGGUGCUGGACAGAAAGCUCAAUGCCAAUGUUGCCAAGAACAUUGUUUUCUUCCUGGGAGACGGUAUGGGACUCACAACCUACACAGCAGCUCGGAUCCUGAAAGGACAGCUGCAGAACCGCACCGGAGAGGAGACGGUGAUGACCAUGGACACUUUCCCCCAUGUGGGACUGGCUAAGACCUUCAGUGUGGACUUCCAGAUUCCCGACAGUGCAGCCACAGCCACGGCGUAUUUGUGUGGAGUGAAAACCAACCUGAACACCAUUGGAGUAAGCGCGGCGGCUCGUAACGGGGUCUGCAAAACCCAGAAGGGGAACGAGGUCACGUCUAUCCUGAAGUGGGCCAAAGAUGCAGGGAAGUCUGUUGGCAUAGUAACCACCACUCGAGUGCAGCAUGCCACCCCAGCAACAGCUUACGCCCACAGUGCCAGCAGGAAGUGGUACAGUGAUGCUGACAUGCCCGAUGCUGCCAAGAAGGAUGGCUGCACUGACAUAUCAUCCCAGCUCAUCAAAAAUGUAGACAUCGAUGUGAUCAUAGGUGGAGGUAGAAAGUACAUGACCCCCAGGGGUACCAAAGACCCAGAGUACCCCAGUGACUUUGCCUCCAGGGGCAAGAGAAGAGAUGGACGAGACCUCAUUAAGGAGUGGCAAAGCCUGAAAAUGGGAAAGGUUGCCCACUAUGUGUGGAAUAAAACAGACUUUGAUGCCGUUGACCCUGAUGCUACGAACUAUCUCAUGGCUCUAUUUGAACCUGGUGAUCUGCGCUUUGAGGUAGAAAGAGACCCGAGCAUGGAUCCAUCCAUCAUCGAGACCACAGAAAAGGCCAUCCGCAUCCUGCAGAAAAACCCAAAGGGCUUCUUCUUGUUAGUGGAAGGCGGGCGAAUAGACCAAGCCCACCACGAUGGCCGGGUGUACAUGGCCCUCCAUGAAGCUGUUGCUUUUGAUGAUGCCAUUACCAAGGCCCUCGAACUCACCAAAGAGGAAGAAACUCUCACCAUAGUGACAGCUGACCACUCCCAACCUGUUACCUUCAACGGAUUCCCUUUUCGAGGACAGAGCAUUCUGGGUAAAUCUCCACUGUGGGGGACAGACAUGUUACCCUACACUACACUGAUGUACGGCAAUGGGCCUGGACACAAACUCAUUAAUGGCAAGCGCCCUGACAUCCGCAACAUCACCACCAAGAGUAAAGAUUACGUCCAGUUUUCUGCUGCCCCGAUGCAGUCCACCACCCACAGUGGGGAGGACGUGGCUGUGCUGGCCCGUGGACCUAUGGCUCACCUCUUCAGUGGCGUCCAGGAGCAGAAUUACAUCGCCCAUGCUAUGGGCUACGCUGCCUGCAUAGGCGCUGACCUGAGGCACUGCCAGGGGCAGGUUGAACCACCUGUGGCUCACAGCACCUUCCCCACUGAUGGGGUCGGGUCAGCUCGGGCCUCAGCAGCUGUGCUGAGCAGCCUCCUCAGUUUGGUGCUGAUCCUGAUAGUGUUGAUGUGAGAUCAGAGGUUAGAGUCCCCGAGCAGGGGUCUUCGAGUCAAUCGGGACACAUCGAACAUCAGUGUGGCUUCUUGUGCUGCUGCUGGUGACGCAUCAUGUUAAACUCAUAAACAAAGAAAUGGAUCAGACCCACAGGCAGGAAAUAAAGUAAACUCAUCUGUUUGGAGUUUGUUCAAAUAAGAGUUUAUUUGUUGCCUUAUUGAUUUAAGUCAUUCAACCAUACAAAUGUGAUUUUUUUAUUUUGUAAGGAAAAAAAAUUCUCAUGAACUAUAAAACUUCCAAAUUUAGAGAUGAUCUUAUUUAUUGAACUGUGACAAAUGAAAACCUUGAUGACAAACUGGUAUCUCUUCAUCUGUGUGGUGUAAUAAUUGGAUGAAUAAAUAAAUGCUUUAUUUCAAACUUAUGGCAAAAAAAGAAGUAUUGGCAAACACAAAACAAAACAAAAAUAAGACAAGCUGUAGUAGUUUGUCAUUCAUUUUCUCCACUUGAUAUAAAUAAUCAUCAGUAUUACUUUAUGUUUGUCCAAUUUUAUAAUUACAAUUAACUCCAUAUUUCUAGGGGUAAGAACAAAACACUGUUUUUUUUUUUUAAGAAGCAGCCCAUGAAAAUACACUGACUGUCCACUUUAUGAGGUCCGGCUAACUUCAAGGUCCCAUAUUCUACAUUUUUUCAACAAUUUCAUAUGGG